AUGACUGUUCGAUUCAAAUUUGAAGCUUGUGAAGCUAUUUUUAUUUCUGUAGAGGUUAAUUUAAAUCAUCGAAAAAGUUUUCCAUUAUGUAGGUUUUUCUAAAAUGAACCUUCUGUUAGGCUUGUUGAUAGUGUUCCACGUUACUUGAGUAAUAAAUGUAACAUGUGAUUCUAAUAUGUAGAAACACAAAUUCAGGAAAGAUUUGUAAAAAAGAAUAAGUAAGGUGUUGAGAUACGUAAAUUAAAGGGUAAAAAAUAGAGAAACGGUAAGUCUUAUCUAGACUAAACAUAAUAUUCAAAAACCAACUUCUUUUUAGGCGAGAAAAAAAAGACGGAUCAAUAAAUCUAUCGGAAAAUUAAAUAAAAAGUAUAAAAUAAUAAUUUAAUAAAUACUUUUCAACAUCAAUGA